AGAGUGACAGAUGAGAUCCUGUACUUGGUACCAAACAAGGAGAACUUCAGACUAACCCUGAGGGCCAUCAAGCUGUGGGCCAAACGCCGUGGGAUCUACUCCAACAUGUUGGGCUUCCUGGGUGGAGUCUCCUGGGCCAUGCUGGUAGCCAGGACCUGCCAGCUCUACCCCAACGCUGUGGCCGCCACUCUCGUACACAAGUUCUUCCUCGUCUUCUCCAAAUGGGAAUGGCCAAAUCCUGUGCUUUUGAAACAGCCUGAAGACAGCAAUCUGAAUCUACCUGUUUGGGAUCCACGAGUGAAUCCGUCCGACCGGUACCACCUGAUGCCCAUCAUCACGCCAGCCUACCCCCAGCAGAACUCUACCUACAACGUCUCCUCUUCCACACGCACCAUCAUGAGCGAGGAGUUCAAAUACGGUCUCAGUGUUACAGAUGACAUCCUUCAGGGGAAAACCGACUGGUCCAAACUGUUCCAGCCACCCAACUUUUUCCUGAAGUACAAGCAUUAUAUUGUUCUGACUGCCAGUGCAUCCACAGAAGAAAACCAGUUAGAAUGGAUUGGUCUGGUGGAGUCUAAGAUCCGUGUCCUGGUGGGGAACCUGGAGAGGAAUGAGUACAUCACCCUGGCACACGUCAACCCCACAUCCUUCCCCGGGAACAAGGAGAGCUGUAGCGAGAACGAGUUUGUCUCCAUGUGGUUCAUUGGGAUCAUCUUCAAGAAAGUGGAGAACGCAGAGAGCGUCAACAUCGACCUGACCUACGACAUCCAGUCCUUCACAGAUACAGUUUACAGGCAGGCCAACAACAUCAACAUGCUGAAGGAUGGGAUGAAGAUCGAAGCGACACACGUGAAGAAGAAGCAGCUCCACCAGUACCUUCCUGUUGAGCUGGUGCAGAGGAAGAAGAGGAGCAUCGUGGAGCUGAACCGUAACUCCAACGGUGGGAGUUCCAAGCGGUCCUCUCUCGAUGGCAGUCAGCUGGACAGUUCCAGAGACACUGACUCCGGGACUCCCUUCAGCUCUCCCACCUCCGUCUGCAAGCCGUCCAGGCCGGCCGCCUCAGACACAGACGACAGUUUGACACCCCCCAAGCUGCCAGCCUCUCUGUUUGUUGAGAACAGCUCCUCGGUGCCAGACGUCUCUGCACCCAGGGCCGAUCAGGAGAAGGGGUUGUCCAUCCCCGUCAUUGGAUCAAAGUCCAAGCCCUCUGCCCCAACUGGCCCAGUCGGUAGCACCAUUCCUACAGUAGUGGGUAGGAGCGUGUUCUCUCUCCCUGGCAGUACCAGCACGACAGAGCAGAACCAGAACGGAUCCAAGAGACUCCACUCCCCUACGCUGGAGGAUCAGACCAAGAGACUGAGCGACAGUGCAGAGCCGCUGGCUGACGUGUUGACCUUCAAGGAGCCGUUCCCUCCGUCCGGCGACGGCAGGGAGCAAGGGGACGGAGUCCAAGUGGUGAGUCCUCCAGCAGGCAGCACCAUUCCUACAGUAGUAGGCAGGAGCGUUGUACCCUGCCUGGGCUCCUCUAGAGAUACAUCCAGCCCGACCGAGCAGAACCAGAACGGAGCCACCGCUGCAGGCAAGAGACCUCACUCCCCCACACAGGACGGACCCCCCAAGAGGAUACGAGACCCUGCAGAUCUGCUGGUGUCCGGGGAUGACUCUGCAUUCAAGGAGCCGUUCCCUUUAUCUAGCGACAGCCAGGAGCAAGGGGACGGAGUGAACGUGGAAAGUCUUGGAGGGGUAAAGGCCAUGCCUAUUCCAACUAUCGACACAUCAAGAACACAGAGACUUCCCAGUAUGGAGUUGCCAGACGUGACCUCUCCCCUCCCCAGCAGUAACCACCAACGGGUGGUUAAGAACUCCAUCAGACUCGCCCUCAACAGGCACAGGUAACCCCAGGUAACGCCCCCCCCCCAACCCCUUCCCUCACGAGGCCAGGACCUACAACACUGACUAGCUCCAGACCUGAGAGAUCCGAAAGCAAGACUACUGUGGUAAAACCUAGUGAGGAAGCCGAUUUUUAAACUCUCCCGCUCACUCCACCCUGUCACUGGACGAUGUGCAACGACAGUCUCUUGUUCCCCCCCAUCUGUUUCUAUGGUCCUUCCCAGUUGAGCCUGAAGCAGAAAUUAAAAUGCUGAUUUAAGAUUGGGUUUGAGAAGAGUUGGAUUUAUUUAUUUAUUUUUUGUAAAUUUCCCCCCUCUUCCUUUACUGUGUGUAGUUUUAAAUGGCCUUAACGUGUCGAUGCUUGCCACUACACCUGUCUGUACCAUCCUGAUGCUUUGACAAAUGGAAAAGUUCUACAGUAGGUGUAGUUUAUUGUACAUAGCUCGUCUUUAAAAAAGAAAAAAAAAGAAUCACAGACGUUUCGUCUUUCCAUACAGCUGUUAUAGUUUUAUGAUCUAAAAUGAAAACAAAAAAAGUUUAAAAAAAAUGUAUUGUCCCCCCCCCCCCCCACAGUUUGUCAACCACAUUACAACGUGACCUUGAUGGCCAAUCUCAGCCUUCCCACCCAGUAGACUCAGCAACUUGGGUUGUGUUCAUUUGGGCCCAACAUAUGAACAUGUUUUGCAACAGAAAUGAGCAUUCCUUUUUGGAUAAGUUCAGAUGUUACCUCCCUUUUUUCUUCCUGUAUAUUCCCCCCUCUAGGUUAACAGGACCUCCUGUGUAUGCUCCCCCCCCCCACUAGGUUGGUUAACAGGACCCCCUGUGUAUGCUCCCCCCCCACUAGGUUGGUUAACAGGACCUCCUGUGUAUGUCCCCCCCACUAGGUUGGUUAACAGGACCUCCUGUGUAUGUCCCCCCC